GUUGUGUGUAGUGGGUGCAGAACUGCAGCAGCGCAGCACCGAGCAGGGAGGGAGGGGGCGACCCGGAGUCUUUGAAAGGAUAGAGGGCGAUGACCACACCGGCAGGCUCUGGCACAGGCUUCGGCUCCGUGUCCUGGUGGGGCUUGUCCCCAGCGCUGGACCUGCAGGCUGAGAGUCCUCCUGUGGACCCAGAUUUGCGGGAGGAUACAGAGCACACGACCCCCGAGCUAGAUGUACUGCUGGUGGGAUCCGUGGAUGGGCGGCACCUGCUUCGGACUCUGGCCCGGGCAGCUCUCUGGCCUCGCAGGAGGUUACAUGUGAGCCGGGAUUGUGGGGUGGGUGGCGAGAGGAGAAUGAAGUUCUAUGUGCUUGAGAAUAAUCUGGAAGCUGUAGCCCGACACAUGCUGAUCUUCAGCCUAGCCUUGGAGGAACCUGAGAAGAUGGGGCUGCAAGAGAGGAGCGAGACCUUCCUGGAGGUGUGGGGGAACGCGUUGCUGCGCCCCCAGGUGGCCGCCUUCGUGCGCGCGCAGGCCGACCGCCUGGCGCGCCUGGUCCCGGAGCCCCACCGCCUGGCGGAGCAGCUGCCCUGGCUCAGCCUGAGCGCCCUCAAGUUCCGCGAGCGCGACGCGCUGGAGGCUGUGUUCCGCUUCUGGGCCGGCGGGGAGAAGGGUCCUGAGGUCUUCCCCAUGAGCCGCCUCUGGGACUCCAGGCUGCGUCACUACCUGGGCUCCCGUUACGACGCCCGGCGCGGUGUCAGCGACUGGGAUUUGCACAUGAAGCUGCACGACCGCGGGGCCCGAGUCAUCCACACUCGUGAGUUCCGGCGUUGGAGGGACACAGGCGUCGCCUUUGAACUCAGAGACUCCAGCGCCUACCACGUGCCCAACCGGACCCUUGCGUCCGGCCGCCUCCUGAGCCAUCACGGGGAGCGUGUCGCAGCGCGCGGGUACUGGGGAGACAUUGCCACGGGACCAUUCGUGGCCUUUGGCAUCGAAGCGGACGAUGAGAGCCUCCUGCGGACCAGCAACGGACAGCCAGUCAAGACCGCGAGUGAGAUCACCCAGCACAACGUGACGGAGCUGUUCCGAGAGGUGGCCGGCUGGGGGCGCCCGACAGCCAACCACGGAACCCCUGAGCAGGUGCACGGCGAGGGCCCUGGAAGCCCGGAGCGCGCUGCCCCUUCCCCGGAAUUCACCGUUCACUUCCUGCCUCUCGGCUCUGCCCAAACCCUUCACCACAAGAGCUGCUACGAGGGACGGUUCCAGCUUCUCUACGUGGCCUGUGGGAUGGUGCAUCUUCUCAGCCCCGACCUCGGGGCUUGCGUGGCUCCCGGAGGACACCUGAUCGUGGAAUUAGCCCGGUACCUGGUAGACCUGCGGCAAGAGCAGCUGCAGGGGUUUUCCGCCCGGGUCGGGGAGCUAGCUCAGGCGGCUGGAUUCACCCCGCAGAACCAGGACAGGCCCUCUGAGACCUUCGCACGCUUCUACAAGUCCGGGGACUCUGCUUGCCUCCGCAGCCACGCCGCUGUGCAAUCCACGACUCCGCCCCCUGGCGCCCUGGUCCCGCCCUCUGUACAAUCCGCGACUCCGCCCCCUGACGCCCUGGUCCCGCCCCUUGAGGCAAGGAACCCGCCCCCGGAGGGCCUGACCCAGCCUUCGGAAGGCAAGACCCCACCCUCUGAGCGCCUCAAACUACCCUCAGAGUCUCGGGCUUCACUCUCAGAGGUUCAGGCUCCGCCCACAGGGAGUCAGACCCCAAAACCAGAGAGUCUGCCCCGACUGCCAGAUACCCAGCCCCCCAUCUCUGACCUCUAGUCAGGUCCCGGAAGUAGAGCCCGCCUGUAGGAUACUCAGUUACACUCUCAACAUUCUCAAUCAGCUUCAGAGGUGUUGCUAGAAUUUCAGAUUACAUUCCUGGGAUGCUAUAGUCUGUUCUUAGAAUUCUAGAUGGUUCUCUCAGAGUUCUCCAUUUCAUUCCUGAGCCUCUACACACAGCCUGGCGAUCUGGCCCUGAGGCUCAGGCCCUCUGUGUGGUCCCCUUGUCGCCAGAGGUCCUGUUUUAACUGGGGUUUGGGGUGGUCUGCUCUCCAGGGCUAGUCAGCACCCACGUGGUCCAAGUAAAGAGAGCGGGGUCCUCUUCUCCGUGUGCCCGUGUAGCUUUCCUGUCCUCAGUCUUGUCUCCAGGGCUGGGGAAGGGGAGGGCCUAGGGUGGUCAAGAGAGGAGACCUUGUUCCAAGUAAACUAGAAGUGGGUUUCUCUGUGCUGUUGCCUGCGAGAGUCUGGGCCACACCUGGAUCCUGAAAUAAAUCAAAAUUUAUUGAGUGGCUAAGAGGUUUGGGGCAGUGAAACUGACCAUAGUUCUCAUGGAGACUGCACUUUAGCGUGGAGGUGGAGCCCAGACUCCU